GCAGAGUCUUCAGAAGAAAUGUCUCAAAGACAGCCUCAGUCACCUAAUGAGACUUUAAUUCCAAUCACAAAUGACACAGAAUCAUCAAGCUCUCUCGUUCCUAAUGAUACCACAAAUAAAGGACAGACCCGAAACAACUCUCCAGGAAUAGAAGCUUUGUGUGCCAUCUACAUCACUUAUGCUGUGAUCAUUUCGGUGGGCAUCCUCGGAAAUGCUAUUCUCAUCAAAGUCUUUUUCAAGACCAAAUCCAUGCAAACCGUUCCAAAUAUUUUCAUCACCAGCCUUGCUUUUGGAGACCUGCUACUUCUGCUAACUUGUGUGCCGGUGGAUGCAACCCACUAUCUUGCAGAGGGAUGGCUGUUCGGGAGAAUUGGCUGUAAGGUGCUUUCUUUCAUCCGGCUCACUUCUGUUGGUGUAUCAGUGUUCACGUUAACAAUUCUCAGCGCUGACAGAUACAAGGCAGUUGUAAAGCCACUGGAGCGGCAGCCCUCCAAUGCCAUCCUGAAGACCUGUGCCAAAGCUGGCUGCGUCUGGAUCGUGUCUAUGAUCAUUGCUCUGCCAGAGGCUAUAUUUUCAAAUGUAUAUACUCUUCAAGAUCCCAACAAAAAUAUGACACUUGAAGCGUGUACCUCUUAUCCUGUUUCUGAGAAGCUCAUGCAAGAGAUACAUUCUCUGCUGUGCUUCUUAGUAUUCUAUAUUAUCCCACUCUCGAUUAUCUCUGUCUAUUAUACUCUGAUUGCUAGAACUCUUUACAAAAGCACCCUGAACAUCCCUACGGAGGAACAAAGCCAUGCCCGUAAGCAGGUUGAAUCCCGGAAGAGAAUUGCCAAAACCGUGUUGGUGCUCGUGGCUCUGUUCGCUCUCUGCUGGCUGCCGAACCACCUCUUGUACCUGUACCACUCGUUCACCUACCAAACCUACGUGGACCCGUCUGCCAUUCAUUUUAUCAUCACCAUUUUCUCUCGGGUUCUGGCUUCCAGCAAUUCUUGUGUAAACCCCUUUGCUCUUUAUUGGCUGAGCAAAACCUUCCAGCAGCAUUUUAAAGCUCAGUUAUUGUGUUGCAAGGCCAAGACGCCUGACCCUCCUCCUGCCAAUACCCCUCUUAACAACCUGGCUGUGAUGGAAAGGGUCCCAGGCCCUGGAAGCUCGCAGGUGUCUGAAAUCAGUGUGACCUUGUUCACUGGGUGCAGAGUGAAGAAGGAAGAUGACAGAGUCUAGCUUUUCAAUUAAAAAUGGUAUUUUUCCUCCCAGCAUGCAUAUCCGACUCUGAGCUGUGCGUAGGUGUAUGGUGUCAGGAUUUUUGUUGUUUGUGAAUUGUGCUGAAAUCUUAGGAGUGAAAGAUCCUUAUAAAGUAAAAGACAAACCAUGAUUUCUUGUCAACAUACAAACAUUAAUGUUCUCGGGCUUUCUAAAUCACAUGAAGCCCCACUAGGUGUAGAAAGACACGUCUGUAUGUCAGUGGGUCCUAUGGGAGGUGGAAGAAGGGAGAAGGUGAAAUAAACAAGAUGGCGCUGGGAAAUCUAAUUUGUUCCCAUCACAUCUAUGCUUCUAAUUUCUCCUACACUCCUGUGAUGUGCAUAAAACUGUGUUUGUGUUUAUUAUGUGGUGUAAAUCUAGAGAUUAUACUUUGCAGAUGAAAAGGGGAUCAAAAAGAGAUAAAAUAUCUCUGCAGUUUUCUUACGAUACUAAGUCCUAAAAAAUAAACCUUCGCAGGAUUUUCUGACAGCUCUUUUCCAUUAAUCUCUAUUCCACGGUGAGUAAAGCUCUGCAAUUACAGUGAAAUUGUUUUGGGGUCAGCGAGUCUAAAGUACUGAGUAAGGAUCUGGG